AUGUCGAACGCGAUGUACAGCGAUAUGUGGCGCGAGGCCCAGCGCCAGCUCGACGAGCUCACCCAAGCGGACACGGGGCUCCAGUCCGGGCCGGCGUGCGAGCGCCCGGAGGCCCGUCACCGGCUGGCCGAGCUAUACGUACGGUACUCCGAGCUGGCCAACCGGCUCGAGGACUGCCACGACCAGAUGGUGCAGCCCCAGAAGAGGCCCCUGAUCCGCCGGCUCCUCGACGCCUGCCUCGGCCGCGUGCUCGAGCUCAAGCACGAACUCGUCGAGCUCGACUACUCCGAGCACAACUACUGCCACGACGCCCUUCUCAGAUAUCGGCUGACCCCCGACGAGGUCGAGCUGCGAGUGCCCAGGUACUUUCGGAGGGAGAGACAAAAGGAAAUCGAAGCGAGGAAACGGUUCGCCGAAGAGACCUUGAGGAGCAUCGGGAAGCUGGAGGAAAAAUCGGAAAGCCGAAGGAUGAGCGAGCUCGAAGCUGUGAGGCUCAUACAGGCCCACGAGCGUGCCAGGCAGGGACGGGUGAGAUUUCAGUUCAUGAAGGAAAUUUCCGAGGUGAAAGAGAGAUCGAUGAUGGGAGCGAAGCCAGGAAAGCCGGACGAGGCGACCGCGGCCGCGGCUGCCCUGAAAAUCCAAAAGGUAUGGCGCGGCUUCGCCACCAGGCGUCGAAUUCACCAGCGCAAACUCGACGAGAUGCUACUCAUAGGUAUGCUGCAGCCCUGCCAAACUGUGUCGGAGAGCGCGAGAAGGGUGGAAAAAAUCGCGAGCCAGAGGUACGAGAGGCAGCGAGAGUUUCGGGACAUCUGCGAGGCUUACACUCGGGAAGCCGAGGAGAGAAUAAGGAGGGAAAGAAGCGCGAUAAUGGAGGAGAACAUUAGAAGCGAGAUUAGGGGCUGGAUCAGCGCCUACUACCAGCAGACCGGCAAAAUCCCCGAGCUGCCGUCGACCGAGAGCGGCGGCUCCCGGAUAAUAUUCAGCCGGCAGGAGACCGAGACGGGCUCGGUGCAGAGCAAGUCGACCACGGCCUCGUCAAAAGAGUCGAGGCGCUCGAGCACCAAGAGACAGCGCAAGGGCAGAGAGAGCGAGUCCGAGAGGCAAGCCUCGGAGCCGGACGAGCUCGGCAACUACAGACCCGUGGCCUCGAACUUCCUCUCCGAGCUCGUGCACUCGAGCCAGGAGUACCGGGACACCUGGCGCGACAUGGACGAGUCGGCGAACCUCGAGCAGGCCCCCUACCUCCACAUGAUCGAGGCCGAAAAGACCCGCGAGAUCGAGGACGAAGUACGGCUCGGCGUCGACCAAGCUCUGAGAAAGGACAUAGAGGCUCUCCAGACGGCCCUAGACAGGGACAGGGGCUCGAAGGGCAAGCGGCCGAAGAAGGCCCCGAAACGGGUGCGCCGCAGUGGCAGGAAGAACAAGCGGAAAAAGGACAAGGACUUGACGCCCGAUCGGUCGACCGAGUCUCUGCUAGAGGAGCUCCUGCAGCAGGGCAUCGUCAGGCCCCAUCCGGAGGUGAGCAUCGACAACUACAGGGGCCAGCGCUCGUGCGCCAACUUUGACCUCCUCUGUGCUAGGGAACACGACCAACAGCAGCAAGACCCUCUCCCAGCUUUAGGUGACAUUAGGCAAGUCGUGAGAGAGUAUUGCAUCCUGCCGCUGGGCAACGAAGGCCUGCGCGAGAUGACGCCGCUCGUGCGCUCGGUCCUGAUAGCCGGACCCCGGGGCAGUGGCAAGAGGAUGCUGCUCGAGGCCAUUUGCACGGAGCUCGGUGCCACCCUCUUCGACAUAACACCGGCUAACAUAGCUGGCAAGUAUCCCGGCAAGUCUGGCCUCAUCAUGCUCCUACACUUGAUUUCCAAGGUGUCGAGAUUGAUGCAGCCGUCCGUGAUAUUUAUGGAGGGCGCGGAGAAGCCCUUUGUCAAGAAAGUUCCGAAAACCGACAGGACCGACCCGAAGCGGUUGAAGAAGGAUCUGCCGAAGCUGGUCAAAGGCAUAACCAACGAGGAUCGGGUCAUUUUCAUCGGUACUUCUCGCAGCCCCUGGGAGGGCGACCAAAAGAUGUUGUACCAGACCUACGACAAGGUCAUUUUCGUCCCGAGGCCGGAUUACGGCUCCAUGUCGCUCAUUUGGAGGGGACUGCUCUGCAAGUAUGCAGGCAUCAGUAGGCAAUUCGAUACGUCAGAAAUGGCAAAAAUUUGCGACGGGUUUACGAUCGGAACAGUCAUGUCUGCCAUUGAAGAUGUAAGACGUGAACAAACACGUUUAUUAUUUUUUAAUCAGGUAAUGACGACGAAACGCAUGGUGCAAUUGAGGGUUCAACCUCUGACACAUAUCGAGCUGAUUAACGCCCUCAGCUUGAAGGAGCCGAUCUAUCGAGAGGAGGAGGAAGCUUUUUUGAAUUGGUAUUCGAAGACACCAACUUGUAAGAAAAAACAAAAAGCUAUAGAAAUGGAAUUGGCCAAGCUCGAGGAGGAGAGUGAAAAAAAUAAAAAUAAGGGAAAGAAGAAAACGUAA